AUGGCUCGGAUCCUCUCCUCCCGCGACAAAAUCCGCAACGAGCUCAUCGUCGUCUUCGGCGAGUUCUGCGGCACCUUCAUGUUUCUGCUCAUGGCCUUCAUCGGUACGCAGGCGGCCAUCGAAAACAACUCGCCCGGGAACCCCGAUGCUCCUCUGUUCCCCUUUUCGCUCAUGUACAUUGCCGCUUCGUUUGGAACGGCAGUUGCGGUGAAUGUAUGGGUGUUUUAUCGGAUUACGGGUGGCAUGUUUAACCCGGCUGUCACGCUUGGCCUCGUCCUCGUUGGCGCUGUCUCGCCCCUCCGCGGCAUCCUCAUCUUCCCGACCCAGCUCGUCGCCGGCAUCGCCGCAGCAGCUGUCACCGACGCCCUCCUCCCAGGCCCUCUCCUUGUCGCCAACAAGCUCUCUUCAGGAACGAGCAUCUCCCGUGGCCUCUUCAUCGAAAUGUUCCUCACUGCACAGUUAGUCAUUACGGUAUACUUUCUCGCCGUGGAGAAGCAUCGAGCCACCUUUCUGGCGCCUCUGGGCAUAGGCCUGGCCGUUUUCAUUGCUCACAUUUGCGGCACGAACUACACUGGGACAUCCAUCAACCCCGCGCGCUCGUUUGGACCGGCGGUCGUUACUGAUUUCACGGGAUAUCAGUGGAUUUACUGGCUGGGUCCUUUUUUGGGCUCUUUUCUCGCUUUUGUCGUGUACACUAUCCUCAAGUGGAUGGAGUAUCACACUGCCAAUCCAGGCCAGGACGACGACGAAAAUAAGGUCAAGAAGUCGCCUGCUGGCCUUGCCUUGCCGACGAAUGACCGGCAGUACGGCAAUGGCAGUGAGAAUGCUAAGAAUCACUCGCCGUCUGGGCCACGGGAUAGUGGGAUUGCGCAUACGACUUCGGGGCCUCGGGGGUUUGCAGCUGUUUAG